UGAUCCGGAAUCGCGGUUAUUUCUUAAUGGAUCAUUGGUCGAAACAUCGCGCCAGCGGCGAAAAGCCUUUUCUGCUACUCCUAACCAAGUGUAGCAACGACAUCUUCAACUGCAGCGAUUCGCAGAAGAGCGCACUGCGAGCGCUUCUAACUGACACUGCUACAGAGGAAGUGCUCGUGACCGGCUUGACCCUCACCAGCUGUGUGCAAGAAUCUGUCAAAGCGAUGGCGCGCCAGAUAAUUCUUGACCCUCAUUCAUCUGCGACGAGGAUUAUUGUUGCACGGGACGGCGUCGCGUCGCGUGCGGGGCAUGGGCAGGACGAGCGUGC